AUGAGCAAUAGCAGACGCAACUCCGGAACGAGGCCAGGUGCUGCGGGCGGCAGAAUACAGCAGGCCAAGCUGGUACUGCUCGGAGAUCAAGGUGUUGGCAAGUCCAGCUUGGCACUGAGGUUUGUUCGGGGACAGUUUCCAGAGCACAGCGAGGCGACCGUUGGUGCUGCCUUCCUAACACAGACCAUUCUGGUGCAAGGACAGAGCCUCAAGUUUGAUAUCUGGGACACGGCUGGCCAGGAGCGGUAUCACAGCCUAGCCCCAAUGUAUUACAGGGGAGCCCAGGCGGCCGUCGUCGUGUAUGAUAUCAACAAUGCUAACACAUUCAAUCGUGCCAUAUCCUGGGUGCGAGAACUACGACAGCAGACAGCAGUUAACACAGUGAUAGUUCUGGCAGGAAAUAAAGCAGAUCUUGCUUCUGAACAUCGGGCAGUGCCAACAGAAGAUGCAAGAGUAUUCGCUGAGGAGACUGGGUUGAUAUUUGCAGAAUGUUCCGCAAAAAGUGGCCUUGCUGUGAAUGAGAUGUUCAUGAUGAUUGCCCACAAAAUUGUUGGUAAACAUGCCAGCCCCAACUCCAGCCAGGGAGUUCAGUUGACAGGUGGGGAGGAAGCUAGUUCGUCUGGCUGCAAGUGUUAG